AUUUAUGUUAUUUGACAGGUCGUUAACUGCCUUAAUUAUUACACGCUUAAAACGUUUGAUUUUGUGUUGCGAGAGCAUUUGGUUUACAGAAAGAUCCGUUCUGAGCAUUUGGUUUUACGUAAAUUUAAGUCUACGGCAGGUGACAGAAGUCGCAGAUCUUUAUACUCAAACUGACGAGAAUCACAUAUCUGAGCUCUUUUGGGGAUCGAAACCGGGACCAAUAUUCACAUAUACAGUGAAUAUAUAUCAUAGUAUAUACAGGGAGUACAUAUAUUUAUCAUCUUUCUUUGUGGGUGUAUAUUUAUGUUAAAUGGCAGCGGGAGCCGAGGUGCCUCAGCCCGUGAGAGCUAUUAUGAGCGGCAGGGACAAUGGUUUCUGCAUGAAUAACGAUAAUACUGACGGGGAUUCCAAGGACAGGUACUGUGAAAUGAUAACAGGAAAGCCACCCAGGCCUUUUGCAGCUAUUCGUCAUUGCGUUAGCACCGCCCGGCUUGCAGGGCCGUCUGAAUCUGAGUUGGAGCUUGAUGUAAAAGGUUCGCUUUCAAAGUUGUCUGCUGAAAGUGGGAAGACAUUUACUCCUGUCUUCCGCUCUGGUAGCUGGGCUGAAAUAGGGCCCAAGCGAUACAUGGAAGAUGAGCACAUCUGUAUUGAUGAUCUGGUGGAACAUCUUGGUACAGUCUCUGAAUGCCCAGAGCCAGGUGCUUUCUAUGGGGUAUUUGAUGGUCACGGGGGAGGUGAUGCAGCAAUAUUUAUUCGGAAAAAUCUUCUGAAUUUUAUUGUUGAAGAUUCUCAUUUUCCAAAUGCUGUUGGAAAGGCUAUAAGGAAUGCGUUCAUGCAGGCCGAUCAUGCUUUUGCAGAUGCCUGUUCUCUUGACAGCAGUUCUGGCACAACAGCUCUGGCAGCUCUUAUUUUUGGAAGGACUAUGAUUGUUGCUAAUGCAGGGGAUUGCCGUGCAGUGUUAGGAAAGAGGGGGGGCAAAGCAAUUGAGAUGUCAAGAGACCACAAGCCAAACUGUGACAUUGAGAGGCUACGUAUUGAAUCACUUGGAGGUUGUGUAUAUGAUGGCUACUUGAAUGGUCAACUAUCAGUUGCGAGGGCAUUAGGAGACUGGCACAUGAAAGGAACAAAAGGCUCCAGCUGUCCUCUCAGUGCAGAACCUGAGUUGCGAGAGAUUGUACUUUCAGAAGAAGACGAAUUUCUAAUAAUUGGUUGUGAUGGUCUAUGGGAUGUUAUGACCAGUCAGUGUGCUGUCACUAUUGUUCGAAGAGAGCUCAUAAUGCACAAUGAUCCAGAGCGAUGUUCAAAGGAACUGGUUCGAGAAGCCCUUAAAAGGAAUACUUGUGACAAUCUGACAGUAGUUGUUGUCUGCUUCUCAGCUGAUCCUCCACCACGUAUAGAGCAUCCUAAAUCAAAAGUCAGGAGGAGUAUUUCUGCUGAAGGUUUAAAUAAUCUGAGAGGUUAUUUUGAUUGACCAUCAAGGAAUUGAAUGCGGGAAGUAGUUUUACAAGUAUUGGAGCUGGUAGGUUCAGUCGAUUUGAUCAAAUCUUCAUUACUUGAAACGAGACAUCAAUGAGAGCAGACAAUUUAUCCCGCAAACCUCUUGUUUCUUUAUUAAGAAAGUUAUUUCCAUAAUUUAAAAGCUUAAUAUUUGCCAUAGAGGUGGACAUGUAUCCUAGAUUUGCAGACCUUAGUUUAUGUAAGCCAACAAAAGAAGAUAGCAUCCAGGCUUCUAGAAUUGAUUUGGAUGUAUUGUCAGAAGGGUUGUGAAGUAAACAAGACAAUGAAAGAAAGAGCAACUCGUUUGCUCAGAUACUGGCCAGCCUCAGAAAUAUUGCUGAUCUUUGCAAAUGUGGCAUGGAACGGUAGUCAUCGUUUUCGUGCUAAAAGUUGGCUUCUUAAACAUUGGCUGCCAGAAAAUGUGGAAAUAUUUAUGACCAAUUCUUGGUGUAGAAAAUGGGGUUGCCAACAUGUUUGAUUGAAUAUUGAUUCGCAGCAAUGCAGUUGCACUAUUGUGCAGCUAUUAAAUAGCUUGUUGCAGCCGAGUUAGGAUCAUCGCAUUUUUCAGGACUUUUUGUUGCCACUGAGUUAGGAUCAUCUCAUUUUUCGGGAGGAUAGCAAACCUUCUAUGUAAUAUUUCAUUUUUUGCAGGGGGGGUGGUUGUCCAUUGCCUUUGUCUAUUCAUUGCACCUAAUUGGUAGGAAAUUGAUAUUUUACAACAAAGGCAAUAAGAAAAUUGGCAAAGUCCAGAAAUGUCUGGCAAUCUUGUAAAUCUGUUCUUGGUUUCCUUGUAAAUUUCAAAAGAAUCUGAAAUCUUUCUGACAAUGUAACUUCCAGAGUGUACACAAUUUUUGAUUAACCCAUGUAAGUUGGCUUCA